UUUGUGAUGAAAUUCGUAUAUUAUUCUGAGGGCCAACGACUGCUUUUCCCAUGCAAAUAUUAACAGUAAUCAUCUUUCCACUGUGUUAGCGUAAAUUUGAGUUACAUUGCCAGUGUAGGAACGGAACUCCGUCGUUAACCGAGUACUACGCGGAGAGUCCAUAUUAGCAGCCGUUUGAAAAAGCCCAAAGAGGGGCGGUGUAGUGGUUCGGGGCUUGCUCCUCUGCUGGGUCCGGUGAUUGGUUGACGUGUUUUCUUUUUCGGGGUGGGGGUCUGCGUACGUUCGCGUGAACCUCGCGUUCAGGCAGAGGGGGGCGACUGGAGCGGAUCACUUCUAUGGACCAUCUGUCUGCCUCGGCUCAACAAAGGAGGACGCAGGAUGGUGUUGGUCCAUGUCGGAUAUCUGGUUCUCCCCGUCUUCGGCUCGGUUAGAAAUAGAGGUGCACACUUCACCAGGCACCAACACAGCCAUGCUACCUCCUGCCGACAUUUUCACCUGGGCGCCCCGCAGGCGCCCAUCUCAGCCGAGUUCCCUUUAGGACACGCCGGCCAGCCCGCUCAGACGGGUUUGGCCGCCCACCUCCCCACCGCGCACCAUCCACCCCUCGCCGCCCUGCCCGCCGCCGCCGCCCCACAAUUCCAGGACAUGUCGGGGCCUCCGUUCCUACCUCAGGCCUUACACCAGCAAUACCUCAUCCAACAGCAGCUUCUCGAGGCGCAGCACCGCCGGAUCAUCCCACACUCCAGAAGGACCCAGGAACGAGUUCCCCUCAACCCCCACCGGCUGCGCUCAGCUUACGAGUACUCCCCAACCCUCCACGCCCCGCCGCCGGUGACACAGCAGCCCAGGUACCUCGCCGAAGGCACCGACUGGGAUCUCAGCGUCGACGCCGGUCUCCCUCACCACCAGUACCACCUCCAGCAGCUGCCGCAACACUACCAACACUACCUGGCCUCCCCCCGAAUGCACCACUUCCCCAGGAACACGUCCUCCGCACAAGUGGUUGUGCAUGAAAUCAGAAACUACCCAUACCCCCAGCUGCACCUGUUGGCACUGCAAAGUCUGAACCCCUCCAGGCAUGCUACUGCGGUCCGGGAGAGCUAUGAGGAGCUUCUUCAGUUGGAGGACCGUCUGGGCAGCGUAAACAGAGGUGCGGUGCAGACCACCAUCGAGCGAUUUACCUUCCCACACAAAUACAAAAAGAGGAAGCCCUUGCAGCUGAGGCUCGGGGAGGAAGAGGAGGAGACGGAUGUGGAUGAGAAGUGCACCAUCUGCUUGUCCAUGUUGGAGGACGGCGAAGACGUCAGGAGGUUACCCUGCAUGCACCUCUUCCACCAAGGCUGCGUGGACCAAUGGCUGGCGACCAGCAGGAAGUGUCCAAUCUGUCGAGUUGACAUCGAGACGCAGCUGCACCCCGACAGCUGAUGAGAUUUUCCACCCCCACACUGUUUCCUACCAAGCUCCUGCUUUCUUCCACCCCCUACCCCCUCCCUCAUGGGUGCUUUUGCGAAAUGUCUCCUGACUUUUGACGUGACAUAUUUUUUUUUCCCCUUCUGGACUCUCGCUUUACUGAGCCAAGCCAGGGAGUAGAAGUGCAGGAGAACUCAAUUUCUCGCUCUUCUUGCCCCCUCCCCAUCUUUUUUCUCUCUUUCUAUAACACAAGCACAUCCGCACACACUAACAAGUCGUGUACACAGGGUUUCAUUGUAGCUUGCUGGUUUUACGUGCUGGUGGUGGUGGUGUGGUGCAGGGGUUCUCAAACUUUUUGGGUCCAGGGAUCCUUGACAGUGAUUUUUUUUUCUUGUUACAACAUCAAUUCAACAUAAUUAACAUUUGUAGCCCUAAAUGUCAUAGGAAUUAAAAAGUUACCGAUUUUUGAGGGUGGGAAAAGGUCAGAAUUAAUGUUAUCUCACAGGGGUAGGGGGGAAUGUUAUCUUAUCUGAAUUAGGUUGUAUUUUUUUUUUAUUUAAAAAAAGUAGUAAUCAUUUCAAGAAAGUAUAUGUAUUUUGUUGAAUAGAUUAAAAACUCAUAAGUCGUAAGAUCAAGUCAAAAUAUAUUGAAGUCCCUGUAAAGUGAAAAGAAAUGUCUUCUAAAUUUGACACUCAAUAGAAAAGACUGUUAUCAACCCUGCCAAAUUUAAUAAUGGAGAAAAUAAUCACCGACCAUGUCAAAUGAGGUCUCAAAAUCAUACCUCGCUCUCUAAACGCUUUGUUUGUGUUUUCUGAAUGCGUCCUUACAUUUCUCGGGCUCUGAAAAUGUAUCCGAUUAAAGCCUGCGGUGGCUGGAAUAUAUCCCACCGUGUCGUCAUGAGGCUUUCCAUUCCGUGAUAAUAGGUGCUAGCUAGCAGCUAGCUUGCGAGCUAACAGGCUUCCGGCUCUACUCGUGGCCAGCAAACGGGUGAGGGGUUGCCCACGGCCUCACCUACUCGCUCUAGAAUUUAAAUCACGACACAAACUAGUGUUCUGUACAUCGUUGCCUCCAGGGAAAAAAUAUUUUCAAGUGUAGGCAUAGUUAGCCAGCUAACUAUGCUGUCGGAAAUUCACUUUACAGGUUCUUUAGUCAAAGUUUAACUGACAAGGGAAGAAAGUCAUACAGUUUUUAACAUUUUUUUUUUUUAGAAAAAGAUACAACUUUAUCAUCAUAGUAUUAUGCCUUUUCUGAUCAGAAAUUACUCAAAAAACUAAGCCUUUUGAAAAAAAAAUUAUUCUAGGAAUAAUACCGUAAAAUAAUGAAUAAUAAUUAUUGGUCACAUUUUUGUGAUGCUGCAUCACGAGCAUAUCAGUGCUUUUAAUUGGCCCAAGAAGGUAGGGGAGAGCAGGUGUUGUUUUAUUUACACUCCAGUAUACGACAUAAUCAUUUAUUCAAAUUAUUUACAGAUGCCCAUGCUUCACCUCAUGGACCCCAGGGGGCCCGAGGACCCCAGUUUGAGAACCAUUGGUGUAGUGUAGGCCCCUCCGGGCCGUGUAGCAUGUCCUUAAAAGCCAUGACUUAAACGUCCCAUUGCGAGCUUGCUGUCUUUCUAGAUUCUCUCAAAGUCUCUUCUUUUUUCUUCUUCCCGAAAAACAAAUAUGCCGUGUUUACCUUUUAUGAUCGUAGAGUAGCAGCAAGCAGGUGUGGCGCGCCGCUGCCUCCUUUAAUGGGAGCGCCAUAUGUGGCGUGUUUUAAAUAUAUCGUGCAGUUUUGACGUUUUGCAAUAUGCUUGUGCCGACACUUCAGGGGACUCUGAGUCAGCAAAUCGCCACAGUUCAAAUGAAGUCGUAUGUUGCAACAGGGUUGCUGAAAGAAAGGUGGAAUCUUUCCAUGGGAAAUACUGGGAAUAAUUAUUUGUUUAAUUUAGACAUAGGCCAAAUCGCCGGUUUGGUGGUUUACAAUGGCUUUAAAACAUCAUGGUUUCAAUAAUCGUAAUUACUAUACUGUAUAUAAUUUGUCAUUAUUAUUAUUUUCUGUCAUGUUUCCCAAAUCUCUCAGCUCAGUUCCCCAUGGAAAAUUUCUAGCCAACUUUCCCGCCUUUUCUUGCGACACAAGCUGCCAAACAAACUGCGCAUGCGUGCUUGCCUUGUCGCGCAUAUUAGCACAACGCUUCCGGUAAACGUGAAUUACGGGACGCUUAUGAUAACACAAAGCCAAAAAAAUGGACGCUGUCAUGCACUGUUGGAGUAUAGUAAUAGUAGUGGUAGUCGUAUACAAGGAGCUUUAGUGCUGUCCUCGUUAGCUGUUUGCUUCAGAACGAAAACUGCAUGUGUUUGUGGUGCCGGCAGCUUAAAACUACAAAGGUGGCGUCCUUUUUUUUCCUUCAAAGCGAAAGAACAAGCACAGGCUUUUUAUUGGCUUCUAAAUGAGUGAGUGAAUUUUGCGCGACAACCCGCCUCCCUUUUCCUUGUGGUUGCUUUUGCCGAUUGCUCUGCUGUAUCGCUCUAGAAUGUGACGUACGACGGAGGCAGCCUCUCUCUCGUAGUGCACAAACAACAACAUAACGAAUUUACAUUUAAACGUGACAACGCCCUUUACGCACUGUGAUCGUGGAUGAUGUGUAUCAUUUUUUUAACGUUUUUUUUUGUCUUGUGCACUGCCAGUGUCGACACUGCCUCCUCCUGUGAUGACGAAGUGUUCAGUUUACACAGGGUGUUGUCCGUUGAGAUGCCUUAAGUAUUUAACAAUCAUAAUUUAUGACUAACUGUAGAUACUAUGGCUAUUUAAUUUUUUAAAAAUAAUUUUAUUUAUUUCGACACACACACGCAUAAAAUGUAUGAUAAAAAACGAUUACCUCAUCAUCUUGCUUUGCAUGAAGCUGUAUGAGAAUACGCUAAA